AUGCACCGCACCGAAUUUGACAAAAUCGCGGAGGAGGCUGGGAAUGCUGAGCUCGAGGCUUGGGCGGCGAAGGUAAAGGCCGCAAACCAAGAGAUAGUCACUUUCGUAGGCGAGAAGCUGAAGACCAAUGUACCGGGAGAAUUCGUCAGAUACCUUCAAGGUUCAUACAAUGUCAAUCUUGUCAUAAGAUUUGGCGAAGAAGACAUCGUUAUCAUUCGUUUUCCCAAGCGAGGAAUAACUGCUGCCAGAUUUCUGGAGAAAAAGGUCAAGAACGAAGUUCGCUUAUUAGAGUAUCUGGCAGAGAAGACCACACUACCUGUUCCCAAGAUACGUGACUGGGGUACAGCUAAGGACAGCCCUUCUCAGCUUAGUCCAUAUAUCAUCAUGGAUUAUAUUGAGGGCACAGAGCUGUCGGAGCUCUUGGAGCAGCUGCAAGACGAUCAUAAAGAAGCAGAAGUCGAUCUUGUAUAUGAGCAGAUAGCCGACUACAUGCUCCAGAUUUCGCGACUGCACUUUUCGGCCAUUGGACCUGUCAACAAGGAUACGUCGGGAGCGUGGACGGUGACUGACCGUCCCCUCACCACAAACAUGAACAACCUAGCUUCUGUCGUUACAGACUACCCGGUAGAUCAGUUUCCUAAAGCCGCGUUCACCAGCACCCAAGCCUUCCUUCAUUACCGUGUAGACGAGAAUUUGGUCCAUCUCCAAGUACAGCGGAACCUUGCACACAGUCGUCAGGAUGCAGAGAGAUGCUUCAUUGCACGCCACAAGUUCAAACAGCUGAUUGAGCGAUAUUACCCUCCGUCCGAAGCCGAUGAGGGCCCAUUCAUACCGUAUUGCCAUGACUUCCGUCCCAAAAACAUGCUCGCCAGAUAUGAUGACGGAUCACUGAAGAUCGUGGCGGUUCUAGAUUUCGAGUUCGUCAAUACUAUGCCCGCUCCGUUCGCUUACGACCCACCAUGGUGGCUUGCCAUGGUCAGUCCUGGCCUUAUGCUUGAGCGAUUCGCUAUGGAGGACUUCGAAGCCUUGUACGUGCCACGCUUAGAGCAAUUCCUCCGAGCCAUGGCGAGGGUUGAGGCAAAACAGAUAGAGGGACAUUCGAGAGAGAUAGUCUCUCUCGCUGAUCGCAUGCGAGACUCUUGGACGUCAAAGAGGUUCUGGUUCAACUACGGUAUCAGGAAAGGCUGGGAUGUUGACGUGGUAUAUUGGAGCGCUCUCCAUGAACCGGGAGAUGAAAAGCUUAGCGAGAACUUGGAAGAGGAGAUGAGUUCUAUCGUUGAAAAGAAGAUGGAGCAAUUGGCGACAUACGAAGCCGAGUGUGAGGCGCGCGGAAUCUUGUUAGGCAAUUGA